GGUAGCGGCCAGGAGUGAUCUCUCUGUCUCUCUCCCUCUCUCGUUUUCAACGUUGCCUGGCUUAAACGGUUGAUGUUAACAAAACCUACUCUUUCCAUUAUUACAUUUCCCUAUAAAUACAGUGCACGAAAGCGGCAUCAAACGAUUCCCCUCUUUGGCCCUGGUUCGGUUGGAGAAAGUAAAGGCCACUCUUCUGAAGACCGAAGCCUCUGUUUACUCUCUCUUUCUAUCUCAUAAGGCAAAAGUCUUGGAGAAAAGAUCUCUUUCUCCUCCCCCUCGCUCUGCUCCCAUGUACUCGUUCUUUCGACAAAAGAACUCCCAGAAUCAGGAGAAUGAUUCUUUGCGGGAUGCAAAGAUCAGUGAACUCAGGGCUGCUCUUGGACCCCUAUCUGGACGUUCCUUGCAGUACUGUACUGAUGCAUGCCUGAGGAGAUAUUUGGAAGCUCGCAAUUGGAAUGUUGUCAAAGCAAAGAAAAUGUUGGAGGAGACACUCCAAUGGAGGUCAACCUAUAAACCAGAGGAAAUCCGUUGGAAUGAGGUAGCUCAUAUAGGUGAGAAUGGUCUAGUAUCAAUAGCAGAUUUUCAUGAUCAGCUUGGGAGGGUUGUCCUUAUAAUGAGGCCGGGGAUGCAGAAAACAACAGCAGGAGAAGGCAAUCUUCGUCAUCUAGUAUAUCUUGUGGAGAGUUCAAUCCUUAACCUUCCUGAAGGUCAAGAACAAAUGGCAUGGUUGAUAGACUUUACUGGAUGGUCCGUGAACACUAACGUGCCGAUAAAAGUUGCCCGAGAUAUUAUCUUCGUUCUGCAGAAUCACUACCCCGAGAGGCUCGGUUUAGUUGUCCUUUAUAGUCCACCAAGAAUCUUUGAAGCAUUUUGGAAGGUGGUGAAGUAUUUCGUGGACCCCAAAACAUUCCAGAAAAUUAGGUUUGUUUACCCAAAGCGUAAAGAUAGUGAGGAGAUCAUGAAGUUGUAUUUCGACGCUGAAAACCUUCCGAGUGAGUUUGGGGGAAAGGCCAGCUUGAAAUAUGACCAUGAACAGUUCUCAAGGCUGAUGACACAGGAAGAUGUUAAAACUGCUAAAUUCUGGGGAUUGGACAGUAGGCAGCUCCACACCCCUAAUGGAAGCUUGGGAGCAGAGGUGGGUCCGGAGCCUGUUACAGUUGCAGCAGCUGUAAGCUGAGUCAGUCAAUCUAAGGAUGUAAGAGCGGUGGAGGGAACUGAAUCAGCAGAUUCAGGCUUAUGUGGAAGCUGGAAAUGAUGUUCAGUCCUUGCCGGGGAUGAAUCCAUUUGCUUGCAUACUCUUAAAGCAUGACAAGAGGUUAUCUUCUUCCAAUUCAUAAAUAGCCUGUAUGAGUAUGACGCCUCCAAAACCUUAAUACGACUAGAACAGUAAUGAUUUUAUGGCUCUCAUUGAUAAGUUGAUGA